AAAUAAUAAAGUGAUCAAUAAAAAUUAGUGUGACGAAAGCUGGCACAAAGGUCAGCAGCUCGGCCAAAGAGAAAUCAUUUCUAAGAUUGCUUGGUUUGGGGUUUUCUUUUUCUUCCAUUAAUUUACAGAAAUUCCUCCAUUUCAACAAACAAUGGCGAUGACAAUUGAAGGUAACUUCUGAAUUUCCCAUUUACUUUAUUUUAUUUAAAGGGGUUCGUAGAGAAUUCAUGGAAGUUUGCGGAAAUAGUGAUUUUAGUUAAUUAUUUUAUUCGCUGAAUAUCGAAUUAGGGUUUUAACUGAUUUCGGAAAGGGUGUUGAUUCGCCGGUGUUUAGUGUUGAGUUAGGGUUUUGAUGUAUUUCUGGCAGUUGGGUAUGCUCUUGUUUGGUAAUCGGGAAAAUAUUGAAUCAGGAAAAAUGAGUUGAAAUUGCUUCAGAAUUGGCAACCUUGAGUGUGUAAUUUUCGAAGACUAGAAUAGGGGUGAAAAUGAAAAAUGAAGGUUAUUAAAGAUCGAAAAAAGAAAGAAAGGUAGGAACUUUGAAAUAUUGUAUUGCACAAUGGUCUGAAAUUAUGUUUAUAAAUCAGAAGCAAAAGAUGAAAUUUGCAAAUGGUAAAACUAAAGUUUGAACAAAUAGUACUUCUCUUAAGAAAAUUUGGCGUAAAAUACUUUAAAAUUAGGAGAAAUUUGACUUGUUUUUUUUAGUUUGGAGUGGUUGUUAAACAGUGUGAAAUCAUCUGCAUGAUUCAGCACAUAAAUUUGAGUGGGUUAAGGCAAAUUAUAUAGCUGAUUGAAGUAGAAAAUGGUCAAUGGACUCUACUGUCUUUUCUUGUAAUUGAACACCUAUUAUACAAAAAAAAAAAAAGUAAUUGAACACCUAUUCAAUUACUACUGGUAAAGCUUUAUAAUUUGCAUUUUGUUCUAUGACAUUAUUCUAUUUCUAUCUGUUAUUUCUUUUCUGCUAGUAUUCUCAAUAAUAUAUAAUCACUAAUUCCUUUUUUUUUUUCCGUAUGUGCACUGUCCUGGAAAACAUCUGUAAUGGUUCUUGGUCGAUGCAGUUCUUGCUGGGCUUGCUUUUAUGUUUUCAUCUAGCAUAUUGCUACAGAUCUUGGCUUGUGCAUUAUACAACAAUUGGUGGCCAAUGUUAGCAGCUCUCAUGUACGUGCUGGUACCUAUGCCUUGCUUAUUCUUUGGUGGUGGGUCCUCGCAAUUUUUGUUUAGCAGGGAAGGAGGGGGGUGGAUUGGUGCUGCUAAAUUUUUGACCGGAGCAUCCAGUGUAGGGAGCAUAGCUAUUCCCAUCAUUCUUAGGCAUGCUCAUUUAAUUUCUACAGGAGCAAUGCUCAUCGAGUUCGUCUCAUUCAUCAUCUUCGUCUGUACUGUCUUGUGUUUUCACCACGCUAGCCUCGAAGAUGAUUGGUAACAAACUCGAACGAAGUAAGUUCUUAUUUUGGUUUCCCAGCACCACAAAAAGAGAAAUCUUAUAGUGGGGAAACAUGUGAGAUACUCUCCAACAUUGUACAUCAGUUAUAUGUAUAUGAUUUUAGAAUGCUGUUUGAUAAACCUGUCUUACUAAAGAUAAGGUUCCUGUUUAACAAGCUAAACACGGAAAGAUUACAUGUUGAUAAUCUUAUUUGGAUAAUGAAGGCUGUGACAACAAAGGCUUUGCUCCCAUUUCUGGGUUUCGCAGUCAUAAUCUUUUCAUUCAA